UGCUCAGAAGCUGUCACACGCAGAGCGACAGAACUCUGUCAGAUCAGCGGAUCCUUCGUUCCUCUAAUACCUUCACAUCUUCCUCCUCUGCUCCUCCGCUCCUCAGCUCCUCUCCCUCAAAACUCAGCCCCGGCUCCCUUCACAUUCCUCCUCGGACUUUUCGGCCUGUGCAGCGGCAGAAAACAGCGAAUGAUGACGAGCAGCUCGAAGCGGAAAGAAGACAGUCAUCUGCAGAAUGGGGGAGUAAAGCAGUCCUCAUGGAGCAAAGCCCUGAACAGUAACGCUGUUUGGGAAGAGAAGGACGAGUUUUUAGAUGUGAUUUACUGGCUCCGACAAAUAAUUGCAAUAAUCCUUGGUGUGAUUUGGGGAGUUGCACCCUUGAAAGGAUUCCUGGGAAUAGCCAUAUUCUGCGUCAUCAACGCCGGCGUCCUCUAUGUAUACUUCAGCAGCUUUCAGCAGAUCGAUGAGGAGGAGUACGGUGGCACGUGGGAACUCACCAAAGAAGGCUUCAUGACUUCUUUUGCCCUGUUUCUGGUGGUGUGGAUAAUCUUUUACACAGCUCUACAUUUUGACUGAGAGGAAUUCAUAGGACACUAAAUACAAACAUUUCUGUUGAAGCAAAUUAUGAACACACAGGAACUCCAUGAACUGAGGGGUUGUCACCGCUCCUACAUACAGUAUGACUUCUCAGUGCUCAGUGCAUCAUGGGAAUCCUUGUGUGAAUAACGAGAUCCUGCAAGACCAUCAUGAUGAACAUGCCCAUAUAUUGUAAAUCUCUCUUAAUUUGAGUGUUCCUUUUUUUAAGGCAUUCUCCAGUACACUUGCCCUUUGUUAAAUGUCCUCCCCCACAUCAACGACAUCGUCUGUGACAGACCAGUAACGAUACAAAAAGCAGCUCAGCAGUACCAUAAAUGCUGGAAAAUAGGAGGAGGAGGAUUCAGCUUGAGGCAGUUUUCUACAGGGACCUUCCUUUGCUUUGGAAGAGUGAAAUUAACACAGAUUUUCUUUUUUAGUGUGUGAAUUCAACCCGAUUGACUGCCCAUGAGCUGGUCCCUUAAAUCACAGAAACUGGACAGUAAACACAGUCUUGUCACAUAAUAAUCAUGAUUCAAUCAGUCCAUGAGUGUAACCGUUAAUGUGGAGACACAAUUCACCAUAUCAGAUGUACUUAACUACCAGUAAUGGAUUAACUUUGUGGAUUCCAGCUACAGUAUGUGACUGGUUUCAAUGGUGGAGUCAUCUUUGGUUAUGAACAUUUACAGGUGACUCUUUUGCUAAUUAUAUAUAAACAAAUCAUUUUAAAGUUAAAUCUGUAAUUUCUUCUCAAGGGUUGAGACUAUUUGUGUCUGAAAUCGCACAAAUUUUAACAUCAAGAGAAAUGGUUGUAAGAUGUUCAUGUCAGCUCCUCUCCGGUCCCUAAGUCAGUAUCCGCUACCAGUAUCAAAAAGCUCUAAUAUAUGUCAGGAACUAAUAAUGAUCUAAUUUAUCUGCACAUCCAAAUAACUUCUUAAAACAAAGAGGGGGGGGGGGGGGAUCCUGCAUGUUGUGUUCAGAUGCAUAUGAUUCACAGUCUCAAGCAAAAACCUGGUCCGUGCACUGCCAUGAAUUACUGUUCAGAAACCUAGAUGUCAUUGAUUAAUGGCUUAGACCUAAGUUAGGAGGGUAAAAAUAAUUUAAAUUGUUUUCUCACAUGUAGCUUCCAGAUCAAAGUCUUACCUGGAAUUAAUUUAAACUUGUCUGUAAUUUCUGUAUCAUGUCCCUUUCUGUCCAAUCCACCUUGUAAUGCAUUGAUUUAUUUCUACUUAUGUUAUAUCUUGUUUGAUGAAACAUAUUUCUCAGUAUUUUAUAGUGAAGGCCUAUUAAAACCAGUUCUGACAGUUAUUCUAAUGAUACUGAUAUAUUAGAUACACAACUGGUGUUUAAAAGGAUUGUAUUUUCUGAUCAAAUUUUUGGGAAUCAUUAAACAUGGUCUUUAUUUGGCCUUCAUUUUCAAAGAAAUGCUCUUCUUCCUUUUUUUUUUUUUUUUUUUUUUUUUUACCAAAACGAAGAAAUUAAUUUGUUUUAAAUGUUUUGUAACAUACAUUCAUUCAGGGAUUUUUCGUAACUCUGCGUUGAACUGUAUGCUGGCAUUGCUAAGGUUCAGAUUUCCCUUUACUUAAAUGUAUUGUACUGCAGUUUCUUGUAUAGUAUGGCUGCACCUAAUGCCUAUUGUCUUUAUUAAUCUGAUUAUUUUCCCACAUUAA